CAAUAUUCAGACGGGGGAUAAAUUUGGACCUUUUCCCCCUAAAGAAAAAGAAGACACGCCCAACCAAGCAAGUUUUCCGGGCUAGGCUAAUAUCUGUCUCCGUCAAUCUCUCCGGCGGAGAAGAGAAGCUUCUGUAACAACGAACCCCCAAAUCUAGCCAGUUUCGACCUACAUUCUCCCUCAUCUUUUCGUAACCUAAAUACUUUUGUACUGAACUCAUCAACAACUAGUAUUAAAAUGGAUCGGGCGAGAACAGCAAGUCCGAGGCAGUUAAGGAAAUGGAGCAGCGAAUCCGGAGCAGCUCCGACUCUGACUUCCGGGUCUUCAUCACCUGGACGUCCACAUCAUCAUGGCCGGUCUUCCUCAGUCUCCGGCGUCAUGAUGUCCAACAUUAAGCGCACUCAGAAUGUUGCUGCAAAAGCUGCUGCCCAGCGCCUCGCUCAAGUCAUGGCCUCACAAGCUGCUUCUGCUGGUAAUGACGAUGAUGAUGAUGAUAAUGAUGAUCUUGGAUUCCGAUUUGCACCUCCCUCUUUUUCCCGGUCCAACGGCACUAGUGCUACCGACAACACUAAUGCUACCUACAACACUAAUGCUGCGGCUAUUCAGUCCGCUAAGCUCAAUAAUAAUAGAUCAUCUUCCCCUCUGCUAGCUAGGAAUUUUGUCGAGGAAACCCCGUCGUCUCUUCGUUCAACAUCAGCAGGAAGAGCAAAUGUGCCAACUCGUCCUCCAUCAUCAAUACCAAGUACCCGACAGCCUGUGAAGACUCCUUCACCUAUACCCCCAAUCGAGCCUCCAACCAACAAGCUGAGAGAGAAAAGAUUCUCGCCAGAUUUAAGACAAGUUAACUUGAAAGAUACAGGAGAUAACCGUGUUGCUUCUGCGCUUCAUGAUGAACUUGAUAUGCUACAAGAAGAAAAUGAAAAUCUGCUUGGAAAGCUUAGAGGUGCUGAAAUGAGUUACGAUGAAGCAGAAGCUAGAGUGAAGGAGCUUGAGAAACAGGUUGCAGCACUUGGAGAAGGAGUAUCCUUAGAAGCAAAGUUGUUAAGCAGGAAGGAAGCCUCUUUGCGCCAAAGGGAGGCUGCACUGAAAGACGCAAAACAAGCCAAGAAUGGGAUAGAUGUGGAACUUGCAAACCUCUGUUCUAAUGUUCAGAAAGCAAAAGAUGACGCAGCUGCUGCUGUAUAUCAACUUCGAGGGACUGAAUCUGAGGUUAAAACUCUACGCUUUAUGACACAAAGGAUGGUUUUAACCCAGAAUGAGAUGGAAGAUGUUGUUCUUAAAAGAUGCUGGCUUGCACGUUAUUGGGGUUUAGCAGCUCAGUUUGGCAUUUGUGCAGAUAUUGCUGCUUCAAAACAUGAGUACUGGUCAUCCUUCGCACCUCUUCCUUUUGAAUUGGUUAUCUCUGCUGGACAAAAGGCAAAGGAAGAAUUUUUGGAAAAAGGUUAUGACAAUCCAGAGAGGGGUAAUCUUGUUCAGGAUUUGAAUGAUCUCACUGGAGAAGGAAAUAUAGAAAGCAUGCUUUCUGUUGAAAUGGGCUUGAAUGAACUUGUUUCCUUGAAGGUUGAGGAUGCCAUAGUGCUUGCACUGGCUCAUCAACGACGUCCAAACUCCACUCGAACAUCAAUUUCAGGUUUUUCUCUUCUCUGUUUCUUAAACAUGUAAUUAACUAUUGAUAUGUUCAGAUGCUUCUGUACAGAUCUCUGAACUUCCUUAAGCCCUGCUUGCAAAUAAAUGUAUGUGUUGCAUGCUCUAAUCAGCUGUCAUGGUUUGCGCAU